CUAAAGGGUGAAUGUUCUUUCAUUAAACCUUCUGUGGGAAAUAUUUUUUACUUUCACAUUUUUCCAAACUGAAAACCUGAGUCAAUUUUGUCUUUUUGAUGGCAACCUCUCUGUUUUGUCCACCUUCAUCGCUUGCCAAAGAGCUACCGGGUCCCACACCCGCUCUUCCCAAAUCUUCGUUUCUCUCCGACGGCAAGCUCUUUAAAUUCACGCCCUCUUCAAGAACAAAACACAGAGUUGAAAGAUGCUACAUCACUCCCCGUGCCGAGUCUCUGAACCACAUUCCCAGGCAGUUCAGGGAACAAAAUCUCAAAGAUGGAUUGAUGGACAACUUCAAGAAUGUUCCUCAGUAUCUCUAUGGUCUUAGUGCUUCACAGAUGGACAUGUUCAUGACAGAAGAUAACCCUGUAUGCAGACAAUCUGAAAGAGUAACUGAGGAAAACAUUUCUUCUGCCCAAAACUAUUUGAAUAAUGGGGGUAUGUGGAGUCUGUCUGGCAUGAAUGAUAGGGGUCCUUCAAAGUAUAGUAUGAGUGUAAGUAUGUAUCGCGGAGGGGCCAGAGGACAUGGAAGACCCAGAACUGCACCUCCUGAUUUACCUUCUUUGCUACUAGAUGCUCGGAUAUGCUAUUUGGGAAUGCCGAUUGUACCUGCAGUGACUGAGCUUCUGGUUGCUCAGUUUAUGUGGCUGGAUUUUGAUAAUGCUACAAAGCCUAUAUAUUUAUACAUAAAUUCUUCUGGGACACAGAAUGAGAAGAAGGAAACUGUGGGAUCUGAAACUGAGGCAUAUGCUAUAGCUGACGCCAUGGCUUAUUGCAAAUCAGACGUCUACACUGUGAACUGUGGCAUGGCUUAUGGUCAAGCAGCAAUGCUUCUAUCUCUUGGGACAAAUGGUUAUCGUGCUCUACAGCCAAAUUCCUCAAUUCCUUCAAAGACCUUAAUUUUAAGUUUUGGAAAGCAUUUAUUCUCAAUUCAAUGGACCCACCUCAGCAGAUCACAAAUGACUUUGUAUGUGGAGCAAGCUUAGACCCAUUCAGUACCAGCAUUGAGGAUAUUACAUGCAACUCUCUGAUAUAAGUUAUGUAGUUAAUAAAUUGCUUUUGUGCAUUGUUUGCAUUGUUGAAUAGCAUUAUUAGUUAUUUUCUUAUUUUUCUUGGAAGUAAAUGUGGUGCAUUAAUCAAUAUGCUGAUCAAAACAUGCAUUAUCUUGUGAAGCAUUUUUUUGCAAAACUUUUACUUAUUUUUCCUUAAGAUUUAUCACAAUGGUGCCACUUAUAUUUGAAGAACCAGAAAAUUGGGUUUUGUUUUUCCACCCUCUGAAUCUAUUUCCUUUCUCCAAAACCCUUGAAUUUUGUUUCCGUCUUGAAGAGCGCUUAUAUUUGAUCCCAACCUUUCCUGAGAUGGUAAACUUAUGAUAGACUAUUGGUUCAGUGAACAGUUGUACUGCUCGGUCAGUUUUAGGGUACUUGAAGAACUGAGUCAUGCUUUUUGUUUCACAUAGCUUCUUAUCAUUUUUUGUUGAA